AUGUGGGUGUGGGUAGGGGUGUGCGUUGCUGUUUCUCGCUGGCUGGCUCUUCCUCAGUAAUGGCCGCAGGGCACGGCAGAGUCAUGAAGGCACUGGUGAAGGAGAGCGCCGGCCCUUCCUACGUGUACAAGGACGUGCCUGUACCCACGCCCCGCGGUGACGAGCUGCUGGUGAAGGUCGGUAAGGUGGCGCUCUGCGGUUCAGAUAUCGCCCUCUACCAGUGGAACAACGUCGCCCAGAAGAUAGCUACUGUCCCGUUUACCCCUGGCCACGAAGUGGUGGGAGAGGUGAUGGAGAUGGGGGAGGAGGUGGGGGAGGGGUUUGCUGUUGGAGACAGAGUCUGUGUCGAGAACCACUUUUUCUGUGGCCGCUGCUACCAGUGCACGCAUGAUCUGAGGCACAUCUGUCAGAAUCUGGACCAGUUUGGCCACGGAAGAGGGACAGUGUACGGAGGGUGUUCAGAGUUCACCAUCGUUCCGUCUCGCUACGCCUACCGUCUUACAACUGACCUUGAUGAUGCCAGGGCUGCAAUCUUGGAACCCUGUGGAGUGGCUCAUCAGGCACUGGAAGAAAUAGAUCCAAAAGGAGAGACAAUCUUAAUUCAAGGAUGUGGGCCAGUGGGUCUGUUUGCUAUUGGACUGGCUAAAGUGAUGGGAGCCAAGAGAAUACUGGCAGCUGACAUUGUGGCGACAAGACUCCAGUCGGCCAUAAAAGUUGGAGCAAACGUUACCAUCGACUGUACCAAACAGUCACUCAGAGAUAUUGUGAUGAGGGAGACAGAGGGAGAUGGAGUUGGCAGACUGGUGGAAGCCACUGGAGCUGCCUCCAUGGUCAACAGCUGCUUCUCUCUACUCAGUCUCCUCAAAUGUGUCAACUUUUAUUGCAGGAAAGGUGGCCGAGUUGUUCUGAUUGGACUACCAAAGGAGCCCAUCCACAUAGAGCGGCCACUGGAGGACGUGAUAUUCAAGUCUCUGACACUAAAGACAGUCCACGGCCGAAAGAUAUUCCACACCUGGUCUGAGGUGGAGAGGAUCGUGCAUCAGAACAAGUUUAACAUGGAGCCACUGGUGACCCAUGACUUCCCUCUCUCCCAGUUUGAGGAGGCAUUCCGUGUCCUCAUGAGUGGUGAGGGGUGCAAGAUUCUCCUCACUCCUGGAUCUUAG